UCUGACUUCUGUUUCUUGUAGGUUAGAUUUUUAAUAACUCAAGGUAGAUUUUUAAAAUAUUUUAAAAAUCUUUAUUUUCUGAAAUUUUCAUAUUUUAAACAGUCUCUUGUAAUUAAUUAAUUAAUAUGGAGGAAAAUAAUGUGGGGGAUACGAAAAAGUCACAUCGAGAUAGGCAUUCAGGGAGAAAAGCUGUAAAGAAAAAAAACAAAAAAGAUAUUCAAAACCCAAUUGCAGAAGAACUUUCAGAUAAGCAGCGGAAUCCUAAAGCUUUUGCAUUUAAUUCAGCUAUUAGAGCUGAACGAAGGUUUAGAAGGAAGCAAGAUAUUGAAACAAAGAAGCAACACAUACCAGUAGUUGACAGAACUCCCAUUGAACCACCACCUAUACUCGUAGCAGUAGUAGGUCCACCAAAAGUUGGCAAAACUACUUUAAUUAAAAAUUUAAUCAAAAGUUACACACGAUCACCUCUAACGGAGAUAAAAGGCCCUGUGACAAUUGUUACUGGAAAAAAACGAAGAGUAACUUUUAUCGAAUGCAAUAACGAUAUUAACUCAAUGAUAGAUUUGGCUAAAGUAGGUGACUUAGUAUUAUUGUUGUGUGAUGCUAGUUUUGGAUUUGAAAUGGAGGUUUUUGAAUUUUUAAAUAUAUGUCAGAUCCACGGGAUGCCUAGAAUUAUGGGCGUAUUAACUCACUUGGAUAUGAUCAAAAAUAGUAAAGCACUCAAAACUACAAAAAAGACUCUUAAACAUAGAUUUUGGGCUGAAGUGUAUCCAGGUGCAAAAUUGUUUUAUUUAUCGGGAAUACUCCAUGGGGAAUAUUUACGAAAUGAGAUUAAAAAUUUAAGCCGAUUCAUUUCUGUUAUGAAAUUUAGGCCACUACAGUGGAGAACGACUCACAGUUACUUACUUGGAGACCGAUAUGAGGAUUUGACUAAUCAGGAACUAAUUAGAAAGAAUCCUAAAUGUGAUCGAAAUAUUUCAUUAUAUGGAUAUAUUAGAGGAGUUCCUCUUAAAAAGGAAACUGCGGUACACAUUGCUGGUUUGGGAGAUCUCAAAAUAUGUGAUAUUUCCUGUCUUCCGGAUCCGUGUCCAUUACCGGAACAGAUUAAAAAGAGGGCUUUGAUUGAAAAGGAAAAAUUUGUUUAUGCUCCCUUUUCGGGUGUUGGUGGUAUAGUAUAUGAUAAAGAUGCCGUUUAUAUCGAGCUAGGAGGUUCACAUAGUCACAGUAAAAGAACAGAUGAUGAAACAAGUGCUAUGAUUGCAAAUUUGUUGAAAAAUAAAACUACCCUAGACGUGAAAUUGGAACACUCAAAAAUUCAACUUUUUACGGGAGGUGAUGAACUUACAGCUAAAGAUUUAGUUGAAAAUGAACAACAUGUAACUGAAAACGUACAAUUAUAUGAAAAAAGGGACGAUGAAAAAGAAGACAGUGACCUAGACGCUGAACUGAAAGAAUUGCGAAAAGAAAACAUAUAUAAUUUUCAUGAGGAACGUGUGGAGAAUAAUGGAAGAAUUAGAAGAAAAGUAGUUUUUGACACUACCGAUGAAGAUUAUUCAAAUAAUUUAAGUGAUAAUAGUGAAGAUGAAUAUAAAAGUAGUGACAAUGAUGAAGAUGGAAUCAAAGAAGUAGUGAGUACUUCGUUCGAGUACACAAAUUUAAGGGUGAAUAAAGAUAAAGAUAUUCACGAUAAGGUUAGCAGCGUCUUAAAACAGCUUAGUUUUAAAGAAACCACUUCAGGAAAAGAAGACGGUAACAAAUCUAUCCAAAAUUCCAAGGAAGUAAAUGAAGAAAGUACUUCAGAAGCAAAUGGUAUUUUUUUUUAUGGUGAAAUCAAUCUCGUAAGUAAUGAUAAAGAUAAUAAUGAAGGUUCAGAUAGUGAUGAACACUCUGAUAAACAUGAAGAAUCCUCGGAAGAAUCAAAUAGUGAGCAAGAUUCCGAAAGUGAUGAAAAUUUGGAGGAUAAUAAUGAAGACAGUGAAGACAAUAGUGAUGUCUAUGGUAUGGAUGUAAAGUGGAAGGAAAAUUUAGCCCAAAAAGCCAAAGAUUCUUUCGUGAACCGUCAAAAUACAAAUCAUAAUAUAAUGAAAUUAGUAUAUGGUGUAUUUGAUUCCAAACAUAAUUUUGUGACUCAAGAAAGUGAAAGUAGUAGCGAUGACGAAGAUAAUAUAGGAGGACUUUUUAAGAAAGUGUCAAGGGAUCAAGAAAAGUUAAAACUUAAUAAAGAUAGCAUGAAUUUAACUGAGUCAUCAUUAAUGUUACCUUGGGGCGCUUCGACAAGAGACUGGCUAGAUACAGAGAACAAAGCUCUUAUUGCUAACUGUUUUGUAACCGGAAAGUGGAAAGAAUCGGAAGAUGCAGCAGAACUCCUGAAGUUAGACGACACUGAAGAUUUAAGUGAUGUAAACUCAGAAAUAUUCGGCGACUUUGAAGAUCUCGAAACAGGACAGAAAUUUGAAACAUCAAAACUGAAAACCGAUCAGAAACAGGCAGAAAAGCGUAAAAGAAAAGAUAGUGAGAAAGAUGAAGAAGCCGACAAGCAAGCUCUUGUCGAGAAGAAAAGGAAGCUGAAAGAAAAAUUUGAUGCAGAGUAUGAUAAUACUGAAAAGACCAGUUAUUACGAUGAUCUGAAAAUGACGGCUGAAAAACAAGCUCAGUUGAACAAAACAGUUUUCGAUAGCAUGCCUGAUGAGGUUAGGGUGCAGAUUGAAGGAUUUAGAGCUGGAAUGUAUGUUCGAAUAGAAUUUGAGAAUGUGCCUGCCGAGUUUAUCACUAAUUUUGAUCCGACUUACCCGUUGGUUAUAGGAGCCCUCAAUAUGGGUGAAGAAAAUAUAGGAUACGUUAAUGUUAGAAUAAAGAAACAUCGAUGGUAUAAUAAAAUAUUGAAAACAAAUGAUCCGUUAAUAAUUUCCUUGGGAUGGCGAAGGUUCCAAACAAUACCACUUUAUUCCAAAUUAGAGGACGAUUUGAAAUACAGAUAUUUAAAAUACACUCCAGAGCAUCUUGCCUGCAACGCCCACUUUUGGGGACCGAUCACGCCUCAAGGUACAGGUUUUUUGGCGUUGCAAGUCGUCGACUCCUCACAAGAAGUAGUUAAAAAAUUAGGCUUCAGAAUCGCAGCCACGGGAACUGUUCAAGAAUUAGAUAAGUCUACACAAAUAAUGAAAAAAUUAAAACUUAUCGGCUACCCACUAAAGAUAUACAAAAAGACAGCAUUUGUUAAAGGAAUGUUUAACUCUGCGUUGGAAGUUGCUAAGUUUGAGGGAGCACGUAUUAAAACGGUUUCUGGUAUCAGAGGACAAAUAAAAAAGGCUGUUAAUAAACCAGAGGGAUGCUUUCGUGCUACAUUUGAAGAUAAAAUUCAGUUAAGUGAUAUUGUUUUCUGUAGAACUUGGUACAGAGUUGAUGUACCUGAAUUUUAUGCUCCUGUCAAUACGUUGCUGUUACCGUCUGGUAAAAAGAAUGCAUGGAGAGGGAUCAGGACAACUGGUGAGAUAAAACGGGAGGAAGGAAUAAAAAAUCCUGCCCACAAAGAUAGUUUAUACACACCUAUCAAUAGGCAACCCAAGCCGUUUAAGCCACUAAUCAUCCCUCAGAAGUUACAAAAGGCAUUACCCUAUAGAGACAAACCUAAUCAUGGCAUCAAGGUAUCAGAGAGAAAGAAGGGCAUCGAUAGAGUUGCCGUCAUUCGUGAGCCACAUGAACAAAAGGUGUCGGCUAUGAUAAAGAUGAUUAAAGCCACUUAUGAACACAAACAAGAGAAGCUGAAAAAGGAAACAAAGGAGAGAUUGGAAAAACACAGGCAGAAUAUCGCGGCUCAGGAGGCUAGCAAAGAGAGAAAACUGAAGCAGAAAAAGAAGGAGGUGUUCAGGAACCGAAGUAAAGCUCAAAUUAGAGAGAAGAACAAGGGUGGUGGAAAGUAAUUUGGCUAAUUUGUUUGUUUUUUUUUUUAAAUAAAAAUGAAGUU